UCUCGAUCACUUCAACAACACCGGCUCAAACCAACUCCAAACACGCCGAGAGUUCUGUAUCACGGCUUUUACUCUGCCUCGUUCACUGUCUCCCAGAGCAUUAGCUCGCAAUGAAAAACAAUAUGGGAUCCUACCCCGAGUCUCAAUGGACUGGAUGGGCCUACAAUGGCGCCGCCGGCUCCUACUCCGGAUAUGCGCAACCACCCAGUUACGCCGCCUACCUUCCGGAGUCCAUGGAACUCUACAGUAAUCAACAGAGCCACCUGGUUCACCAUCAGCAAAUGUCUCGAACAACUGAGACCAAGCCUCGUCUGUCGAAAGAGGAGGUCGAGGUCCUGGAGGCGGAGUUCCAAAAGAACCACAAGCCCAACAGCAGCACCAAGAAGGCGCUGGCGGAGUCGAUGAGAGUUGAUCAUGCUCGCAUUAAUAACUGGUUUCAAAACCGUCGCGCACGGGAGAAGAAGGAAAACAACAUUCGUGAAUAUGCCGCCAAGCAAAAGCUCGAGAAAGACAAGACCGUCGCUGAGACUGGCCACUAUUUGGAUACCGACCGUUACAUCGAUCGGGUCGCUUCAAGUGCACCCUUCCCCGACCCCCGCCGGCCAUCCAUCAAGAGCGAGUACACGGACGGGAGCCCUUCGGCCGAUCUUGCGACCCCUGAGCAUGACAGCGAGACCAGUCAAUCAGAUGCAUGCUCGUCCCCAGACAUGUCUCUUCAUGCUACUCCUGACCGCGCCCUCUCCUUCGACUCUUGCAAUGCUGGGGUCGAGUACUUUUCAUUGAAACCGGAAGUUAUUGGUUCGAAAUCUGCCUUCAUCUCGGAUUCGACAGGCGAGUUUCUCUCCCUGGGCGAACCAAACCCACAGAUCCCAUCCGCCGGCCUGCAAUACCCCGAUUUUGACCAAUUCCCCCAGUUGAUUAUGCCCAACGAUGACUGCGAGUUGACCCCCUCCUACUCGCAGCAGUGCUUCCCUGGAAGCGCUGGAGUGUCACCCGCUUCGGCCCAAGGCUCUUACCCGCAAUACAGCGAACAAGAGUUUGAUGAGAAUCACGCCGGUGCCAAUGGUGGUUCUCAGCGAUCAUUGAAGUCACCGCCAUCCAUGGACAUUGCCUCCCGGCGAAACCGCCGACCCCCACACCUUGCAAUCAAUGCAUCUCGCAGCUACUCGGCGGGCGUCCCGAGGACGGCGGUAGACAUGGGAAGGAGGACAGAUGUUGGCAGCUCAAUGCGCCGCGUUGCCUCUGCCACAGGGACCGUCCGCAUUUCCAAGCCGUCUGGAACCCCUCGAAGCCCAUUCUUUGAUCGGAGCCAUGAGGUACUCAUCCAGCUGAACCGGCCUCCCAGUUUCUCAGGUGCAACGCCGACCAUCGCACCGCCCACUCCCAACACUCCUGUUGUCUUGAACCAGCAAGGGAUGUGCGAGGUCAACGCAUCAUGUGCGCUCUCUCUUAACGAAAAGGGUUCUCUGGAUCUUGCAGUUCAUGACCCAACCCUCCGGACCCCACCCACGACGCCCGGUAUCAUUGAGCAUAUGUUCACAGUUAACUCUGCCUACGAUGUGCCAGUGUCUGAUGAACCCCUUGUUACCCCGGGGUUGGGCAGCUUUCCAAGUGACUUUGAGGUCCCCGGCGUUUCAAACCAAGUUCCGAACUACAUUACCAACGGUUGCUCCAGCCAGCCUCAGACUCCUUCAUACACCCCGCACAUGGGGCCCAACUACUUCGGCUACUCUGGAGGCAAUGCCGAGUACAACUGGUCCGACCCAUCGGGGUCGGCGAAGUCAUCGCCUGGCCAAAGUCAUCAACAGGUUCAGUUCAUGAACAUGACACCGUCAAGCUUCAAUCACGUUGAGAAAUGAGCUUCGAUCUUUACUUCGACACAGUUUGCAUGGCUGGACCAACAUUCUUGCAUCUACAGCGAUCCUUGUCCGCCGUUUUUGGACAUUGUACAACAUCAACGAACUCCAAAGUUCCUUCUCUUGCUUCUUCAAAACGACAAUGGAAGUCGUCCUACGAGCGAGCCAAAAAAUUGUUUUUCUUUAUCUAAUACCUAACGAAUCAUACCCUAAUGUAAUGGAUGGAUGGUCUUAUUUGGCGCUUUAGGAUGGGCAAGGUGACACGGGAAGGGAUCAUGAACGGGAAAAGGGGCCAUAUACACGAGGAAC